AUGGUUGAUAAGUGGAUGCUCGCGGCCGCUGCGAGGAAGAUCUCCAGUCCCUUUUGCUGCGGUGGAUCGCUGGCGCCAGAAUUUCCGGUUAGAAUCUGUUACAGGCAGCAAGAUUCGUGGCAGAGCAUCGCAUUGCCCGACGGGAUCCAGGCCCUAGCGGCGGCGUGUAGCGAGGCGAGUUUUGGAAUCGGUGGCGAGAGGGUCAUGGAUCCGAGCUACAGGAAGGCGCUCAAGCUGGAGCCCGGUGAUUUUACGACCAACUUCGAUCUCUCCGGGUAUGGAAUUCUAGACGAGAUCAAAACGCUGCUCUUCCCGAGCAAUCAAAGAGUGAUUCCCAAGCUCUACAAGCUCAACGUCUACGCGCAGGGAGAUUUCUUCAAGGCUCACGUAGACACUCCCCAGGCUGGAAACAUGCUAGCUUCGCUCGUCGUCUCGCUGCCUUGCGCUCACUCCGGCGGAGACUUGGUGGUCCGGCAUGGCAAGAAAUCGCAGAGCUUUAGCUUUGGAGGAGAGAACAGCGAUGACCGGAUAGGCUGGGCGGCUUUCUUCUCGGAUUGCGAGCACGAGGUGCUCGAGGUAACGUCGGGGCAUCGAUUGACGCUCACUUACAACCUCUUUGUGGAGGAAUCCAGCACAGUGGCUGGAAAGACGGACUUUUCACGGUCGGAGCUCUACAAGCUCUUUGUGGAGGCGAAGGCAUCCGGGAAGAACAUGACACUGGGAUUUCCUUGCGAGCAUCUCUACGCUCAGGGCAGUGAAGUGAGCAUUCCAGAGGCUCUCAAGGGCAGCGACGCGUUUGUCUAUCACGCGGCAGUGGCGGCUGGAUUGGAAGCUCGGGUGUGCUCGGUGUGGUCGAGGGAAAAGUUUGGGGACAAUCGCUUCAUUGGGCAUGAGAGCAUGCUUGGGAAGUUUGUUGUUUCGGACGACUGCUACGAAUCACAGGACAAAGAAUCGUUUGAUCUCAGUGAGUUCCUCGACAGACGUUUGGUGGAAGAAUGGAAGAUCGUGUGGUGCCGUGGAAGCUUUGAUUGGAAUCUCGGUGGCGCGUGUGCGAGCUAUGGGAAUGAGCCCAGCACCGAGAGCUUCUACUGCGCUGCUGCCAUCCUUGUCACGAUUCGCGGAGGAAGUCAGGAAGAAAGCGAUGAAAGCGAAGAAAAAGAAAGCGAUGAAGAAGAAGAAGAUGAAGAUCGCGAAGAAGAUGAAAGCGAAGAAGAAUAA